AAAACAGUUUCAUGGGCGUUUAAUUUAGGAAAAGAAUGGGAGCCAUAAUAAGAACGACAAAUGAACAAAAGAGAAAACAACAUCUUGUAAUUUUUCCCACAUGAAAAUAGCAAAAAGGAUUGGAGUGGAAACAGCAAAAAGGAUAGGAGUGGAAAUAGCAAUUGCCGAUAUGUAAACAAUAAUAACUCGCAGAUGCAUAGAUAGAGAGAUGAUGGUUCCCUCCAAAGCCAUCUCUGCACAUCAUCCACUUGUUUCACUCCCUCCAUCGAUCUCUGUAUGUCUUCUCUCUCCUUCUCCUCCUUCUUCCCUGGAUGGUGAAAUCUGUAGCAGCAGCUGCCUCAGCUCUUCUUUGCCGCAAGAAGGAGAUGGAGUCGCGUAACAAUCAAAAUCUCCAUGGCCGCAAACAGGAAUCUGGCACGGCGUUGGCCCCGCUGCAGCUCAGCUCCGCCGAUAACCUACCGUCGCAGCGAUCACCAGCCCCGUUCAUGGGAUCCAUUUCCGGCCAACACGCCCCUGUCGCCACCGCAACUGCUUCGAGCGCCGGUGGCUCUCUGGCCGUGGUCAAACCCCCCGCGAAGAAGCCGUCCAAGGACAGGCAUACCAAAGUCGACGGCCGUGGACGGCGAAUUCGCAUGCCGGCGAUGUGCGCGGCUAGGGUGUUUCAACUGACGCGGGAAUUAGAGCACAAAUCAGACGGAGAGACCAUCGAGUGGCUUCUCCAGCAGGCGGAGCCCGCCAUAAUCGCUGCCACUGGCACCGGAACCAUCCCGGCAAACUUCUCCACGCUCAGCGUCUCCCUCCGCAGCAGCGGCACAACAAUCUCGGCGCCUCCGUCGAAAUCCGCCCCACUCUCUUUCCAUGGCGCCGGAUUGUCGCUCUACGACGACCUCAACGCCGGCAACGGCUCGUCGGUGGAUGCUUCCAGAAAGCUACUCAACGCGGCAGUCUUCGGCUUCCAGCAACAGAUUUACCCGCCAAUUCUAUCCUCCGACGCUUCCAUGAGAAACAUCACCGAUCUGACGAAACCCUAUCUCUUAAAGGAAUCGAACGCCGCCACGGAAACAAGUGGAAGCUCUCCGAAAACGGGUCGGGUCCACGAAGAGGAGCGUGGUUCGGGUCAGGGUGGUGCGACAGCGCAACCGAUGUGGGCGGCGACAACGAACGGCGGAAACACGUUCUGGAUGCUUCCGAUGGGAGGGGGAGGAGAGCAGCAUAUGUGGGGGUUGAAUCAGGGGGCGAUGGGGGGUCAACGGCUAGGGUUGGGAGUGACGGAGAGCAGCAUGGGAGACAGUAGAGGAGGGGGCUUGGGGAUGACACUGGACCAGCAUCAGCAGCAACAACAUCGAACCAAAGGCGGUGAUGAAAACGCUAGUAACAGUUCCUCCUGAUAUUUAUAACCCCAAGCGUUAUGUUUCGCGUUUGCGAAUGCGGUCAGUAAACGCAGUUUGGAUGGCGACUCUUUCAACGAUGAAAUGUGGAUGGCGAUUUGGGGAAGUGAUCAAUAUAUAUAUAUAAUGAAAUUGGAGCAACAUUGAAAUAUGGUUGGGGGGUAAGGUUUCCAUUAGUCUCAUCGCUGCUGAUAAUAUGAUGUUAAGUGGACUGCCUCUCUGUUUAUCCAGCUUUUGUGUUUUGUGGGUAGAGAUGUGAAAAUGUUUAUUUUUGAGA